AUCAGCAGUGUUAAUCGAGCAGUGUUAUUCUAUCUUUACUCUUAAAGAGUAAACUCAACAACAAUUGGUGAAAGAUACCCCCUAGUGUUGGUGAAAAUGAUCAGAGUUAAAUUCUGCGUCGUUAACUUUACUCUGUUAAGCUCCGCCCCUCAAUCUACCCCCUGCGAAGAUCUGAACAGGACUGGAGUAGUUUUCUAAUCGCCAUUUUCUUUUUGCUCCAACAGACAGGUAAGCUCUUUUAAGUAACAUACUAAAACGUAGUUUUGAUGUUUUAUGUGAAUAAAUAUGCUUACAUUACUGCAUAGGAUAUAUUUUGAUGCAAUUUGUGUAGUUUUGUUAUUUUGAUUUCGGGAAUACCGAUUAGGUACCUUUGUGGCAAGUUGAUACGUUGGAGAGUUGUUUUCGUCACACUGUAGCGCUAAUGGAAAAGCUUAAAUUAUGCCAAUAAUCUAACUUAAUUUUUUUCUUCCCGUCAGUUGCAUUUGGCACUGUUAUAUGCCAUUAAUAUGAUUUAGUUAUUUUAACGUUGAAUUAUCCAACAGUCACAACGAGGCAUCAACAUUUUUAUGUGUUGGAUGGUUGAAAUUGAGAUGUUCCAGCUUAGGUUGUGGAUGUUUGUAUCAUAUAUGACAAUGUUUAACGUGUAAUUCAUGUAAAAUUGUUGAUGAUGUGACGUAGGUCAUUUUUGAACAUAUAUUACGACGUUUGAUAAAGUCAAUAAAUAUGAUAACAUAAUAUAUAAACUGUUUUAAUUUUAUAUAAACUAUUUUUGCAAAAGUUCAGUUCGCAAAUUAAAUGUGUCCAACGAAAUUUUAAACUUUUUGUGAGGACAUUUAUUUGAUCACCACCAUCGCAUUUAUAAGUCACGUUAGAUGGCGCUAUGGGCGUAGAGAUGGUGCUGAUGCAACGCUGUUCAACGAAGGAAAAAAACACCCGCUAAAUUGUUUCUGGAACCUUCCUUAAUUUUUUCGGUAUUAAAGUUUGUUAUUGCUGUUAGACACAAUUAGCUGACCUGAGCGGUAACAUGUUAGGUGUUUAAAGUGAUCCUCAACCUAUUUUAAGGAUUGACGGUGUUCAAACGCUGUAUGUUUCGUUAGAAAAUAAUGAAAAUGCGCUUUAAUUUUUAAACUGCGUGUAAGUUAGUUGGUAUAGUUGGCGUGUCAUUGAUGUAUUGUCGAUGUUUUAAUUCUCUAUUUUAGGCAACUUGGAUCAGUAAAUGUAUGCCAAUACUUAGUGAAAACUAAAACACUAACCAAUAUCAUGCUGGUUAAGGUGAAACUUGGGGAUGCCCCAAAAUUUGUCAAGAUAACAGAGCUGAGCCUGGAGGAAUUUCUAUCUGCUGCAUUUUUAAAGUUUGGUGUCCCAGCUGUACCAGAGAAUGUGAAGGUUUUUGAUGAGUCAGGGACUGAGGUGGAUGGUGAUGUUUUUGAGGAUAUAGUCAGAGAUCCCUCAGUUGGAGUUCUUACCAUAAAACAUGGUGCAGACUUGGAUUCUGCUUCUCCACAAGCCUCUCAUGAGCAGUCAAAUCGGUCCCGCACUCCAUCCGUGGACUCCAGUGACUCACAGGACACAGUCAUUAUUGAAGAAACUUCUUCAAGUAAACGAAUGAGGCUAGACGAAGAAGCUAAAAAGUUGGUGGAAACCAUUCUUGUCCAGAAAUCUGGUGGGGAGUGUAUAAUAACGGAGUACAACCGAACUAAGUCUUUGGGGGAUGAAACAAGGAGGAAAAUGGUUAAUAUCUUGGCAGCUCACAUGACAGAAAAGAAUGGUACGUCACCAACAAGGCAGGUGAAAGAAAAAUAUGCCAGAGGAAUUGUGGCUUUGUUCCCGUACCUCAGUGACCCCUUUUCCAAAAAUGGCUACGAACAUUACUAUGAUGGCGAAAGCGGUACUGGGUACUUGGCAUGGAGAAUCAAAACUAUACAGAGAGGCUUAGCUAAAGAACGACGUGCAUCAUUUGAAGGAACGUCUACUGAAGGGGGGUCUGGUGGACCAACUGUAAGACGGCAGUCAGAGUUUAAUUCAGAGUAG